AUGGUACAGGAGUUUGAGUUGGAAUUGUUAAAACAAGAAUAUAUCGAUGCUUUAGAUUGUAUUUUGUCAAUUAAGAGUAAUGGUAAUGAUAUCAAACAGAAAACUAUUCAGCUAGAGUCAAUUGGAAGGUUAAUAUAUGAUAAUUGCAAUGUCGAAUCAAGUAGUAAUCAGUUACAAGGCUCACACUUAGAAUGGAUCAUUGAUCAGUUGAAGAUUAGAUACAAGAUAUAUUUGAAUAAUAUUAAUUAUGCUGACUCUAAUGAUACCGUUGGCUUAGUUGAAUUGUAUUAUACCUUCCAACUGUGCAAAAAGAUUAUAACUAUACUUAAUGGUCAUAUAAGUUGGAUUAAUUCAAAGUUAGAGAUAACUGAAUUUAAUUUAAGCCAUUUGGUUAAAGACUAUAUUGUUGGUAGGAUUCCAAACUAUAUUGAAAUAUUUCAAAAUUCAAUUAGACUAUUUAUAAAUGAUAAUUCUCAAGAUUUCAAUAAGAUUUUGAGUACUAUUAUUUAUUUAAAGAAGUUCAAAAUGAUCGAUAGUAAACUAUAUCAUUCAAUUCCUAAUUUUGCAAAUGAUCAUUUUAAAAGCAGUAUUAGUAAAAUAAAAGAGGGAAAGCUCGAAUUAUCAAGUUUUAUGCCAAUUUGGAAAAGAACUUUACAAAUUUCUCAAUAUUUUGGAGAGUAUAGAAUGGAAAAAAGUAGAAUUGAGUUAUUAGAAUCAUUGAAAUCAGAUAUUAAAUUAAUUAUAACAUCAUUAAUUCAUUACCGACUCUCUAGAGAUGAUAUAACAAAUAUCACAGACAUGAUAAUGAUGCAGAAUGAUUCUACAAAUCUAAUAAUGGAAUUUGUGAAAUCUAGAAAUAUCAUAUACAAAAACAGAUUGAUUGAUAACUUAUUUUCAAUUGACAAAGUCGAUGCGUACAUUGGAACUGAAAAUUCAAUUGGCUACAAUAAUAUUCUAUUAGCAAGUAUUAGAAACAAUUUUAAACAAUGCUAUGGAAAUGAGAAAACUUUAUAUCGUGGACUCCAAAAAUUUCUGGAUAAAUUAUUCAAGGAUAAUUACAAAGAGCUUAUAGAUCAAAGCCAGUUUAACGCAAUUGAAGAAGCCCAAGAACUGAGAUUACUUUCAGCGGCGAUAUCUUAUACAUUAUAUUAUUUGGUAGCACCAGAGAUAUUUUUUACUAAUUAUUACUAUUCUUCGUUGUUUAGAAGAAUGAUGACACUAAAUAAAGAUUUUAAUUCAGCUUAUUUCAAAGAGUCAUGUUUAGAGCAUCAGUUUCACGAGGUUAUUGGAAAAGAAAUACCCACUGUUGGAAAGGCUAUAGAUAAAAUCGUUAAACCUUUUAUUGAAGGGUUCAAAGCUCCAUUACAUCUAAAUAAUAAUGAGACAGAAGCAUUUCAUAUUUUAUUAAAAAAUGAUAAUAAUAUUAAUCUCCCUUCCUCAAUCAUAAAACCUUGUUGGCCUUCUGAAAUAUACAAGAAUGAGUGGGAAACUAUAAUUUUAGAAGAGGAACAAAAUUCUAAACGACUAAAUUCUUUUUAUGAGUAUCAUGUUUUAGAAACAGAAUCUCCAAUAAAAUUAAAAGACGGAUCAUACAUGACUAUAAUUUCAAAUUUAUUCACUGCAUCAAUUAUUUAUCAAUUCAAUGAAAUUGAUAAAUUAUCAUUUCGAGAAUUAAUAUCUAAGUUGGAGGUAAAUGAUAAUGUCCAAGAAAAUGAAAUUAAAAAAGACUUGAGUCUCUUAGUUAAUAAAAAGCUUUUAGUAAAAGACAAUAAUCUCUAUAGUUUCAACUAUUCAUUCAGCCCUGAUCAAAAGACUGAGGUAUCUGGGUUUUUGAAAUGUUACUGA